AUGUACCUCUGGAGUUGUCCUGCUGAACUUCAGGAGCCUACUGAUAAAACUGAAGCGGAAAGUGACACAUUGUCCAGUCAAACAGACACCACUCUCCAAGAUGAGAGCAUUUAUGAAUGCACUGUUCCCCCUACAAAUGUCCUCCAAAUGAUGGCUGAAGUGGAGUGGUUCAGGAAUGAAAAAGCAAAGGACAUCUUGGAUUUAGCAGGGGAAGCUGCUAAGGGCAUGACAGAGAGACCCUGUGUCGAUAAAACAGGAGUGAAGAGUGCCACAAGUCCACCAUACAUGCAGGUGCCCCUUGAAGAUGUCCAGGUUCGGUGUGGGGAAAUGGCCAAGUUCCAUGCCAUCAUUGAAGGCAAUCCUCAGCCAGUCGUCGGAUGGUUUAAGGGUAUUUCCUUGUUGCUAAGCAGUGAAAAAAUCUACCAGUUCAAUGAAGGCACAAGCUACUCUUUGAUCCUGUACAACACUCAAGCAGAAGAUGGUGGCGUCUACACUUGCAUGGCUAAAAAUAUGGGAGGAGAAGUUGUAUGCAAAGCAGAACUUGUGGUACAGGAAGACAAGAAAAGCCAAGAGGCAAAGAAGCAAAGCCCAAGAAGGAAACUUCAUUCUUUCUAUGAGGUUAAACAGGAAAUAGGCAGGGGUUCCUUCAGCAUUCUCAAGAGAGUUAUCCAUAAAGGCAACCGUAUGCCCUGUGCAGCCAAAUUCAUCCCCCUGCGAAGCCGGUUGAGGGAACAGGCCUAUCGAGAAAGAGAUAUUCUAGUCCAGCUCUCCCAUGACAGAAUCACCCAGCUGCUGGACCAGUUUGAAACACGGAAAACCUUAAUCCUUAUUUUGGAACUAUGUUCCAACGAAGAACUUCUGGACCGCCUGUACAAAAAGAACGUGGUGACGGAAGCAGAGGUCAAAUUCUAUAUCAAACAACUUCUAGAAGGGAUUCUCUAUCUUCACAACAGUGAAAUACUACAUUUGGAUAUCAAGCCCUCAAACAUUUUGAUGGUUCACAAUGACAGGGAUGACAUUAAGAUCUGCGAUUUUGGCUUCUCUCAAAAGAUAAAUCCGUUUGAGCCUCAGUACAGCACAUAUGGGUCUCCUGAGUUUGUCUCACCUGAAAUUCUCUCCCGGUCACCAGUGUCAACAGCAUCUGACAUCUGGCCAGUUGGAGUUAUUUGCUAUUUAAGCUUGACGUGCAAAUCUCCAUUUGCUGGGGAAAAUGACCGAGCAACCCUGCUUAAUGUCCAGCAUGGGAUCAUUUCGUGGGAUAGCUCUGACUGGGAUCAUUUGAGCAAAGAAGCAAAGGAUUUUAUCUUAAAGAUACUUCAACCAGCUCCAGG